ACAAGAAAUGAGCUGGACAGGGUAAUCAAUUGUAAAUGAAAUUAAAUCUCUGGCGAGCACUAAGGUUGGGCGUUCGAAUCGCACCAGCGCGCUUGACAUGCAACGCAGAGUCAAAUUCGCAAGAAAGAAGUAGCUCUUUGGUUUGUUUGAGAGUGAACGAGAAAGAGAAUAUAGGAGCAUAAUAUGAUGGAUUGUAUUUGACCGGGUCUUACGAUUGCACAACAGCGACCUUCAUUUGCUAGCAAUAAUUUUGAGUCGGUAGGGUAGUUUAGGGAAGCUUUAGUGGUUGGGAUUGCCCAUUUGAUUUCAGCACAACAUAAAUUCGCAAAAUUUAUGUUCGUUUUACGGAUCCGUUCAACUUCUGUGGAUCCUGCUGUUCAUCAAUUUCACCUACAGGUGCUUACGUUUCUUAACCCUUCGAAAUUCUGCAAUUGUUUUGGCUUCUGUCGGAAGGAAAACAUUUUGCUUCGUCGAAUGCGGUUAUGGUGUCCCUUUAGAUGACACUGUAGUGGGGUUGAGCUUGAUUUAAGUGGAUAUUAAUUUUUGGGAUUUUAAAUGGAGUGGCGUUUAUUGAAGGAAUUUAAUGGUUUUGAUGAAGUAGUUUCUUGUGGGUUACGUUGCUUGGAUGAAUGUGUUUCUUGCGACGCAUCAUUGAGUACUGUUUUACUUGUUGGUAAUAGAGAACUGUAGCUGAAACCCUUAACUGGGUAGCGUGGUGUGUUUGAAUUGUUUUUGCAAUUGGAGGGGUGAUAUUUGGAAUGGUUUAUUUGAUUGUUUUGAGGGUUUCAAUUGGUCUUUGAAAUUGAGAGCCACGGAGGGAACAAUUGUAUAGCAAAUGACCUCUUAUGAGACCAUGAAAUUCGAUGGAAGAGCAUAAUUCAGGGGGUUUCUCUGCUCGUUUGAUGGUCUACAUGUCCUUUUAUCCCUAGGUUCAAUAGCCUGUUAAUUAUUUAGGACAGUGCUGCCCUCUCAUUUUAAACUUAUCUGAGAAGACAGGUUUCGUCAACUACCUUUAGGUUAUGAAUUCAUUGAAAGCUAACUCCUCUGUCACAUCUACUAAGUCCCACUGCUCUUGAAGGCAGCGGCUAUUUAACUCCUUCAGGUUUUGAACCUAGGUCAUUUAACUUCUGUCUUAACAUCGAGUCGCAUCUUGAGAGGCUUGAUGAUCUUGUUGUUACUGUCAACACAGAUAUAAUGGUUUUGAUGUAUAAUAAAUGGUGCCAAACUGUUUCUUAGCUUCUCUGGAAGGAAAGAAUUUUAAGCAAGCAAUUAUAACCAGCCAGCAUAAAGUUUACUGGUAUGUUCUCGGAUGCUAUCCGUUAAAUUGUUUCCUUAAAUUUGGUGUUCAACGGGUGUUUCAUUUGCUUGAAAGUGCCCCAGAGCUGGGUGACUAUUAAUUCUGCAGGACUGUGGAUGCAGGAAUUUGUCACUAUUAGCUCAUUGAGUUGUGGAUCAUUUGAUAUCAGGGCAUAUUGCAUUUCCAUGUAGGCGGAAUGCUCCUCACACUUGACGAUGAUGUCAGGGUUGCUGGAAACUCGGACAACACGUUUCAGUCUUUUAGUUUGAGAAGAUGUAAUUGUUUUGUGCAAAGUAGAUGGGAGAAUGAUUUUUAAGUUGGUGGUGAUUGAGCUGUUGCCUUUUGUGGUAAGGUGACUGGCUAUGUAAGGUUUGAGUAAUAGCGGUUGUAGAUUUCUGAUAGUUGGACUCAACAGUACUGAAGAGAUGGGCCUUUCUAUGGAUAAAUAUCUUUGGGUUUCUUUAUUAGGUUGUGAUUUUCCUCUGUAGAGGUGUAUUCGAUUCUCAGAUUUUAAUAUGAUGAUUUCCAGAGGUCUGUUUGGGUGGUCUCCUCCACACAUACAGCCCUUGACACCAGUUUCUGAAGUGUCUGAACCGCCAGAGUCACCAUCGCCAUAUUUGGAUUCCAGUGCAGAGGCUGUACAGGUUGAAGAUGAUGGAGCUGUUGACGAAUCUGAAGACAUGGAGCCACCUCCUGCAGCUGUGCCAUUUUUGAGGCUAUUUGCAUGUGCAGAUGGGUUGGAUUGUGUUUUGAUGAUUGUAGGGUCCUUGGCAGCUGCAGCACAUGGUGCAGCACUGGUCGUGUAUUUGCACUUUUUUGGGAAGGUCAUAAACUUCCUCCACUUAAGACCAGGACCAGGUUUAUCAAAGGAUCAAAUAUUUGAUGAGUUUACUAAGCAUGCUUUGUAUAUUGUGUACAUAGCGGGGGGCGUUUUUGUGGCUGGUUGGAUUGAGGUUUCAUGCUGGAUUCUUACUGGAGAAAGACAAACGGCAGUCAUCAGGUCCAAAUAUGUUCAAGUAUUGCUGAACCAGGACAUGAGUUUUUUUGACACAUAUGGAAAUAAUGGAGAUAUUGUGAGCCAAGUGUUAAGUGAUGUGCUACUUAUUCAAUCUGCUUUGAGUGAGAAAGUGGGAAAUUAUGUCCAUAACAUGGCAACUUUUUUUGGAGGUCUUGCUGUGGGAUUCAUAAACAGUUGGCAAGUUGCCCUUGUAACUCUAGCUACUGGCCCGUUUAUUGUGGCUGCAGGAGGAGUAUCGAAUAUCUUUCUUCAUAGGCUUGCUGAAAACAUUCAAGAUGCAUAUGCUGAAGCUGCUAGCAUUGCAGAACAGGCCAUAGCAUAUGUGAGGACACUUUAUGCCUACACAAAUGAGACAUUGGCAAAGUAUUCUUAUGCAACUUCACUCCAGGCUACACUGAGAUAUGGUAUUCAGAUAAGUCUUGUACAAGGACUUGGACUAGGAUUUACGUAUGGGCUUGCCAUAUGCUCGUGCGCAUUGCAACUUUGGUUUGGGAGGUUCUUAGUCUCACGUGAUAAAGCCAAUGGUGGACAAAUUAUUACAGCUCUUUUUGCUAUAAUUCUAAGUGGCCUUGGUCUCAAUCAAGCAGCCACAAAUUUUUAUUCAUUUGAGCAAGGCAGGAUUGCUGCAUAUAGGCUUUACGAGAUGAUAAGCCGGUCACCUGCAAGCAUCAAUCAAGAGGGAAAGACUUUGGAUAGUGUGCAAGGGAAUAUUGAAUUUAGGAAUGUCUAUUUCAGUUAUCUAUCCCGUCCUGAUAUUCCUAUUUUAAGUGGUUUUUACUUAACCAUACCUGCCAAAAAAACUGUUGCACUUGUUGGUAGAAAUGGAUCAGGGAAAAGUAGUAUAAUUCCACUUAUGGAGCGCUUCUAUGAUCCUACUUUAGGAGAAGUUCUUCUAGAUGGUGAAAAUAUCAAAAGCCUUAAAAUUGAAUGGUUAAGAAGCCAAAUAGGAUUGGUAACACAGGAACCUGCUCUACUGAGCUUGAGUGUAAAGGAGAACAUUGUUUAUGGGCGAUCUGCAACUUUAGACGAAAUUGAAGAGGCAGCAAAGUUUGCACAUGCCCAAACAUUUAUCAGUUCACUUCCUAAAGGAUAUGAAACCCAGAUUGGUAGCGGUGGAUUGACCCUGACAGAAGAGCAAAAGAUAAAGCUUGCAAUUGCAAGAGCUGUGCUUUGCAAACCUCGCAUUUUAUUGCUUGAUGAAGUCACUGGUGGUCUUGAUUUUGAGGCAGAGCGAGCUGUUCAGGAAGCUCUUGAUAUACUAAUGAUGGGUGUUUCAACUAUCAUCAUUGCCCGGCGCCUUUUUCUGAUAAGGAAUGCUGACUAUAUUGCUGUUAUGGAAGAGGGCCAGCUUGUAGAAAUGGGUACACAUGAGGAGUUAUUAACUGCUGAUGGCUUGUAUGCUGAACUUAUUCGGUGUGAAGAGGCAGCAAAACCUCCAAAAAGGACUCCAGUCAGGACUUACAAGGAGAUUGCAACUUUCCACAUACAAAAGGAUCCAUCGGCAAGUCAAAGCCAGCAAGAUCCAUCUUCACCUAAGAUGGUCAAGUCACCAUCUCUUCAAAGACAGCAUGCGGCUCACGGUUUAACGCAUUAUCAGGCUAGCAAUACUACACUAGAUUCCCCUAGGCUACAGAGCCCACCUUCUGAGCAGAUGAUAGAAAAUGGGGCGUCUUCAGAUGUGCAAGAAAAUUUGAGUUCCUUGACAAGGCAGGAUAGCUUUGAAACAUCGUUGCCUUCGUUACCAAGAUUAGAUGUGCAUGCUAUUCAGAGACAAACAUCAAAUAACUCAGAUCCGGAGUCUCCUGUGUCUCCACUCUUGACAUCUGAUCCUAAAAAUGAACGUUCUCACUCCAAGACCUUCAGCAGAUCACUCUCUGAUUUUGAGGAGACACAUGUGCAAGGCAAAGAUGCUAGGGAAGCACAAAAUCUUAGCACUCCAUCUUUAUGGAGACUAGCUGAAUUGAGCUUUCCUGAAUGGCUUUAUGCUCUUCUGGGAAGCAUAGGUGCUGCUAUUUUUGGUUCAUUUAAUCCUCUUCUUGCAUACAUUCUUGUCCAGGUAGCAGAGGCUUAUUCUGAAAAAUCUGGUAGACACCUCCGGCAUGAAGUGAAUAAGUGGUGCCUUGUAAUCUCAUGUAUGGGUCUGGUGACUGUAAUUGCAAACUUUCUUCAACAUUUCUACUUUGGUAUUAUGGGGGAGAAAAUGACAGAGCGUGUUCGAAGAAUGAUGUUUUCAGCAAUGUUGCGAAAUGAAGUAGGCUGGUUUGAUGAGGAAGAGAACAGUGCGGAUGCAUUAUCAAUGCGUUUGGCAAAUGAUGCCACCUUUGUUCGUGCCGCAUUUAGCAACCGCCUUUCAAUAUUAAUUCAGGAUUUAACAGCUGUCAUUGUUGCUGUUGUUAUUGGGAUGCUGCUAGAAUGGCGAGUAGCUCUUGUAGCUUUGGCAACAUUGCCACUUUUGACAGUUUCUGCAAUUGCACAGAAAAUGUGGCUUGCUGGAUUUUCUAAAGGUAUCCAGGAAAUGCAUAAAAAUGCUUCCUUGGUUCUUGAGGAUGCAGUCAGAAAUAUAUAUACAGUAGUCGCAUUUUGUGCUGGUAAAAAGGUGAUGGAGCUCUAUAAAUUGCAGCUUAAGAAAAUCCUAGUACAUAGUUUCCUGCGUGGGCAACUUAGUGGAUUUGCUUUUGGUGCCUCCCAAUUCCUGCUUUUUUCUUGCAAUGCUCUUCUCUUAUGGUAUUCAGCUAUAGCUAUCAAGAGAGAUUAUGUCACUUUGUCUACAGCAUUGAAAGAAUAUAUGAUCUUUUCUUUUGCAACAUUUGCUCUUGUGGAACCCUUUGGACUAGCUCCUUACAUCUUGAAACGCCGAAAAUCUCUUGUAUCUGUUUUUGGGAUUAUUGAUCGUAAACCUAAAAUUGAUUCAGACGAUUCAUCUGGCAUAAAGCUACCCAAUGUGUAUGGUACAAUUGAAUUGAAAAAUGUGGACUUCCACUAUCCAACACGUCCUGAAGUGAUGGUCUUAAGCAAUUUCAAUCUUAAAGUGACUGGGGGUCAAACAGUUGCAGUGGUAGGUGCAUCAGGGUCAGGCAAAAGCACAAUUAUUGCACUGAUAGAACGAUUUUAUGACCCUGCUUCUGGGCAGAUUUUUCUAGACGGGAAGGAGUUGAAAUCCUUCAACUUGCGGUGGCUUCGAAAUCACAUGGGCUUGGUUCAACAGGAGCCUAUACUUUUCUCUACCACCAUAAGAGAAAAUAUUAUAUAUGCUAGACACAAUGCAACUGAGGCUGAGAUGAAAGAGGCUGCACGAAUAGCAAAUGCACAUCACUUUAUUAGCAGCCUACCGCAUGGGUAUGAUACUCAUGUUGGUAUGAGGGGGUUGGAUUUAACUCCUGGACAGAAACAAAGAAUUGCCAUUGCUCGGGUGGUGCUAAAGAAUGCCCCAAUCUUGUUACUAGAUGAGGCAAGCUCAGCAAUUGAAUCUGAGUCUAGCCGAGUGGUACAAGAAGCUCUUGAUACACUAAUAAUGGGGAAUAAAACAACAAUCCUUAUUGCUCAUCGGGUUGCUAUGAUGCGUCAUGUGGAUACGAUAGUUGUUCUGAAUGGGGGUCGUAUUGUUGAGGAGGGAAGUCAUGAUUCUCUAGUGGAAAAAAAUGGUCUUUAUGUGCGGUUGAUGCAGCCUCACUUCAAUAAAAACUUAAGGCAACACCGACUAAUUUGAGGAUUUGUGAUGAUGCCUGUAGUACUGAAUCCAGAAUUCUUCUAUCCCAGGCUGUGUAACGUAAUGCCACUGACACAUUUUUCUGUGCUUGAUUGAUUGUUUAUUAGAUGCUCAGUGUUGGUUAUAACAAGGAGCUUUCCAGUGCAACACGUGUAAGUUAGUUUUUGGCAACAUGGCUACAAUCCCUUGUUUGGGGAGCUUAAGUUUAGGAAGUUCUAAUUUUCACCCUAAAGUUGCCAAUUCUUAGGUGCAAACGGUUUACACUGUUUGGUUGGUACCUGUAUACAACUUUCCUGUGUGUUUGUUUUCUGAAUCUUUGUAAUCCGGUGUUUGGAAUGGAGGUAUAGUAUAGUUCUUAAUUUUCAUGAUUGAGGGAUCUUAGAUGUAGAUUAUUAUUUUUUGGGGAGGGGAUUGUAAUGAGAAGAAAGUCUAGAUGUACAAUUGUACAUAAUCAAGCCAUAUCAGGUGAAUUCAUGGGGCAAUUUGACAAUGUUCCCCUUUCAAUUGUGCCAUACAGUAGUUUCUUUGAAUGAGACUGAGAUGAUAUCCACCGUAUCUACAGCUGUCUCAGUUUUAACCAAUUGAUCAUCAUCGUUGAGGUGGUAGCACUUUAUUUGAAGUUAUUCUUUUGAAGAUCAGGACGUGGAAUUACAUAUCUGCCAUAUUGUAUUUGUUUUUUCUUUUCAUUCUUGGAAUUCAUUAGAUUACAUAUCUUGUAUCUA